GUUGUUUUUGUAAUUAGUACAUGUAAAAUAAAUGUAUUUAUAUAACUUUUGCAUGCCUAAGUUAGGCGUGCCUAAGUAUCACACCAACGUGACAAAUUCAUCACUACCAUUCCGUGAAAUAAAGGAAAUGCUUGCCGUCCGUCUUGCCGUAAUUGAUGAGUACAAUGGGAAUUUGGUGGUUGUGGCAAAUGUUCACGUGGAACCUUGGCCUAAUGACUUGGUUCACCACACAAAAAUGAUGGAAACCCAUUACAAGGUCGGUAUUGAUAAACCAUAUAGCGAGUUCGGCGAGAUAGACCUUCCCGUUCCCACGCUAGAUGGUCUUACCAAAUUGGGGGAAACUGAGGGCAGUUAUUUGCAAUGGCCCAAAGAGUUGGUGUUGUUCGACAACGAGGUAAUGUCCUUUAUCAUUAUACAUAAAACGGGUCCUUAAUUUCUUUAUUGCAAAGGUGGGAGCGAAAAUGCCUCAAUUUUGCCUAAAUAUGUUAUUGUUCUAAAUCUCUACAUCUCCUCUCAUUCGUUUAAAUUAUUUAAUGAUAAUUUUUAUUUAUGGAAAGGAAUCGAAUGAAUAUACAUAUAUCUAUGUUAUUGUUUUGGUAUAUCUAUGCAAAGUUGGGAGCGAAAAUGCCUCAAUUUGCCUAAAUAUGUCCUUUAACGACCCAACGAGCCUAAAACGUGCAUAACUUGAUUGGAAUGAGUCUUAGAAAGUUUAAACAAAGCAUAUAAAACAUGUCAUUAGUUUAAAAUGAGUCCUUAGGUUCAUUAGUGCAAAGUUGGAGCGAAAAUGCCUCAAUUAGGCCUAAAUAUGUCAUAUAACGACCCAACGAGCCUUAAACGUGAAUAACAAGAUUGGAAUGAGUCUUAGAAAGUUUAAACAAUGCAUAUAAAAC